AUGGAGGACAUUGAAAAAAUACCUCAGGAACUACAGUUAAAACCGAAAUGUCUGAUAUAUCUGACUGGUCUGGACGUUGACAACAAUCAUUCUCAUGCCACUGUAUGGAAGAGUUUCUCGCAAAAUCGCAGAAGCGACAGAGCGCCAUUGAAGUUUCGAAAUGUUCCUGUGGACCAUCAAUACCCCAAAAGCGUUUCAAAGCGCAAAUGGAUGCGCAAGCACUUGGAUGAGUUGCCCGCAGUUGUGGCUAUUUUCUUUGACCUCGAGUGGGAUGAAAAACUAUGGCAGGGAAAGCUGGCUGAAUGUGCACGACGGGUGGAGACAGUCAGGUCCAACUUGCAGUCACGUGAUACUAAGGUCGUGGUCGUACUACUACAGAAGCACGCUCCUGUCCCUGUCGGUGAUGAUCUGAACGCCACAGAACGUGCUCAAAAUCUGUGCUCCACCUGCGACUUGCCAGUCAAACACCUUUUUGUGCUACAACUGACCGGGUUUAUGUUCGGCUGCAUCACAAGGCUGGAAACUGAAAUGCAUGAUAUGGCCUCCAAUUACUAUCACAACGCCGCGAAACGUGUAAAAAGCCACAGAACAAGUUUGAACAAGACAAAUCAUCAGCUCCUCUUUGUACGUCACGAGUUCAAAAUAGCCUUUUUUGACGAACUGAAGCAAGACCAGAAUCUAGCUCUGAAGUAA